ACUCUCGAUUUGAGCUUUGGUUGCAUUAAUAAUUGAACAUCGCACGAUUGGAAUUGAAAAUUCAUUUUGUUUGUAAAUUUGAUAGUUGAUUCACUACUGGACAUGUGGACAUGGAGGUGCCGCUAGGUGGUAAACUGGCAAUUGUUGCUGCCACAGCCGGAGCAUUCUUUGCCCUGGGCGCCUACUAUCAGCACCAGCAUGUGAUCUGCAACAUUAGGAAAUUGGAGCAGCGCAAUCCACACGCCUAUUUCAUACGACGCAAACUCUACGGUCUGCUGGAUAUCUUUAACGUAAAGGAGAUCAAGCAGCCGGGCUACGAUGACAUUGUCGACGACAACACUCACAAGAUGGGCGCCAUUAUGAAGUACGGAUUUCCGAGCAUGAACGAGAUUUGCCUGAAUGAGACUUUCAAUUUUGUGACCGCCUUCGAUCGCCGCAACUCGGCCAUUCAAUGGAUGUGCGAGAGGGUUGAUGAACUCACAUAUACCAAUGCAGAGGAUUACGGUAAUCAUUGCGUAUCCGUGCGGAACACUCAUCGCUCGGGCAUCUCCUAUCAGCAGUCAGAGCCGGCGCGCGUCUUCUUCAUGUCGAACAUCAAGCCAUUUCUGAGUCGCGGCUUCAACACGAGCAUCUGGGAACGACUUUUGCACUAUGUGCAUGACAUGGCUCAGCACUUUGGCACUGUCUAUGUGUACACCGGAUCGAUAUAUCUUCCACGGCAGAUGAGAUGCACCAGCUGGUUUCUGGAGUUUCAGCCGGAGGACAAUACGAUUGUCGCAAUACCCACACAUUUCUUCAAGAUCAUCAUCAUCGAUCCGAAGCUAGUGAACAGCGCACCCUAUGCGGAGGCCUAUGUGGUGCCCAACUCCUCAUCUCUAAAUGACGAUACCCAGCUGCGUAGUCUGCUCUGCGAUGUGCGUGAUAUUGAGAAUUCGACGGGCUUGAAGUUCUUUGAGGGACUCGAUCGCAACUUUGUCGAUGCGCAGGUGGCUCAAAAUCUAGAAACUUCCACAUCUCCAAUUAGUGAUUAAUUGUAAUAAUUGUGUAGGCUCUGUUGUUAAGGAGCUGUCGUAAUUGAAAGCGUCUUUAAAUAAAUGAUGUUGGCAUGUUUUUGAAA